AUGGAUCUUGGUCAAGUAUUAAAAAAUGCACGUAAAACCAUGCCAUAUAUAACAACAAAUUCUCCUGUAUAUUUUACAACAACAACAACAAAUUGUGAUAAUAUAAAUAAUAUAAAUAGUAAUAGAAAUAUAAAUUCUCAACAACAACAACCAGAAACAUUUGAUAAUAUUAUUGUUGUUGAUGAACAAAGAAGAAGAAGAAGGAGAGAAAACAAUGAGAGAGUAGAAGAAGAAAAUUCUGAAAUAUCAGAACAAUUACCGGGGUCUCCAGCACCGUUGUAUAUAAAUCAUAUUAUGGAUGUGGCCCCUAUGACUGUUGCUGAUCAAACACCAAUGGAAACAGUAAUUGAUAUGUUUAGAAAAUUGGGAUUACGUGGAACUCUUGUAACAAAUAAUGGAAGGUUAUUGGGUAUAAUAACAAAAAAAGAUAUUUUGACGUUUAUGAAAGAAGGGGAACAUAAUUAAUUAUUAUUAUUAGAGGUUGGACUGAAAGGGCUUAAAAAUUCUUUUAAAUCUUAAAAUUUCUUAAAAAUCUUCACGAAGAUCUCGAUCAUGAUAAUCGAGAUUUUUUGACAGCUCUCGUCUCAGUCCAGUCUCUAUUUAUUAUUACUGAUGCCUGUUUGGGGGAUUUUUCUUUGUGAUUGCCAAAAAAGUUAUUGAUUAGGGCAUCACUAAUAAAAGUAAUAAUAAUAUUUUGAUCCUAUGAACAGUUUUUGAAGAUGCAUGUAAAAAAUGUGUGUUUGAAAAAGCAUUGAACGUAAAUGACAUUCUUUGACUUUUUUUCAAAAACUCCUCUUGGAUGUU